AUGAGCCAGAUAUUGACAACUAGGCAAGCGGAGGAGCUGCACAAGUCCAUGGUUGCCUACCUUUCGUCAAUAAAUGCGUCCAAAAGCUCUGAGACGCUUCGCGAAGAGCUGCAGAUAAGCGAUAGUUUCGAUGAUGCUACUUGCAAGAAGUAUGAAGGAUUGUUGGAGAAGAAAUGGACAGGGAUCGUUCGACUUCAGAAGAAGAUAAUGGAUCUAGAAUCCACAAUCGCUAGCCUCCAUGCAGAGCUCGAUUCCACCGCAUCCACAUCCCGUUCCAAAAAGCAAGAUCCGGCAAAUUGGCUCCCCGGAUCAACGCCAACACAUACCUUCGAAUCGCACAGAGAUGCCAUUACAUGCGUUGCCUUCCAUCCAGUUUUCACGUCACUGGCCUCCGGGUCUGAAGACUGCACAAUCAAAAUAUGGGAUUGGGAAUUGGGAGAGUUAGAACGAACUCUCAAAGGCCAUCUAAAAGCCGUCUCGAGUCUUGAUUUCGGUGGACAAAAGGGUCAUACUCUGCUCGCAUCGUGUUCUAGCGAUCUUACAGUCAAGCUCUGGGACCCGAGCAAGGAUUAUGCGAAUAUUCGAACCCUCUCGGGACAUGAUCACUCUGUCUCAGCUGUGCGCUUUCUCACACCUACAGAGAAUCUUCUUGUCUCAGCCAGCCGAGACGCAUCGAUCCGGAUAUGGGAUGUUUCAACGGGAUUCUGCGUAAAGGUGAUCAAAGCCAAUGGCACUUGGAUCCGGGAUGUUUCAGCUUCCUUUGACGGGAAAUGGCUGGUAUCAGGUGGUCGUGACCAAGCCGUUACAGUUUGGGAAGUUCAAUCAGCCGAGGCAAAGGCCGCGUUAUUGGGCCAUGAAAACUAUAUCGAAUGCUGUGAGUUUGCGCCUCCAGUGAGCUAUGAAUAUCUAGCCACACUUGCCGGUCUCGCGAAACCUCCUCCCGCAAGUAGCUCCUCCGAAUUCAUCGUCACCGGAGCCAGAGAUAAAACCAUCAAGAUUUGGGAAUCCCGCGGAAGACUAAUCAAGACCCUCGUUGGCCAUGACAACUGGGUAAGAGGUCUGGUCUUCCACCCAAGCGGGAAGUAUCUGAUCAGCGUUGCGGACGACAAAACAAUCCGGUGCUGGGAUCUCUCCCAAGAAGGAAGAUGCGUGAAGACAAUUGAUACUUCCCACGGCCAUUUCAUCAGUUGCAUUCGCUGGGGCCCUAUCAGUACCAAGACCAAUGCUGUGGUGGAGACGUCUGAAACAACUACUAACGGAGUACCCAAAAAGGGCACCGCCAUGCCUGCUCGAAUCUUUAUCGAAUGCCCUGGUGGCAUGGAUUUCGAAAGGGAUGUUUAUAUGCGGAUGAGGCUGCUGGAAAGGUACAACAUGUCGCGCGAUGGUGUUACAACACUCGAAACCAACAAGUACUGGACAGAAGUGGCCCUGUCAAUCCCUAAUGAGAUGAGCAUUUACCUUUGA